CGUGCGCUGGGAUACACACAGCUAUGCGUGUGCAAGGUUCUCCUGUGCUCUUUUAUUCGUGUAUAUCCAUACCAAUCUCAUUGACGCUUAUCUGAGUUGCAUCAGUGACUAAAGGAAAACUGAUCGCUGCCCAUUUCUCACAGACAUGGGAAUUGCGCACAGUUGGCCACUUUGGUUUGUCUGUUUAAACCUCCUCUGAGCGACGAAGAGGGGGUUGUGUGUCCACAUACACACCUGACACUUCUUCAGUUGAUGCCGAGGGGGUUAUGACCAUGAACGUUGACCACCAGGCGGUUGCCAGCGCGCCGCUGGACCUGAGCAUCACCGCGCGCAGAAUCAGCGGGACGAGGACGCCGGAGCGCAAUGUUUGCGCCAGGGACGCCCGGGGAACAGGGGGGUCACCGGCGCCCCCCGCCUGCACGGGGACGGGCAGCUCGGAGGGUCGUCACGCUUCGGCCAGAGACUCGACAGGCACAGAGGCCAGUGCGGCUCGCAAACGGCCAGUGGACACAUCUGCCUUGAAGCUUCCUUUCAGGAAACGUCAAUUUCACGUAGAACCUGAGAGCCAGAGCUCCUCGCCGUCUCCACCUGUGAGCGCAGACAGCUCUUCCCCAGCGGGGGAACCGGACUGCGUGUGUCAGGAGAGAGUGGACGGUCGUUUGGAGAGAACCGCAGAGAGCAGGGUUGCUGUUGCACCGGUGACCCCGAGGCACCCCCAUGAGGCAGAAGGGUAUCCCUGGUGCUUUUUGAACCCCUUUAGCUACGGUCACUAUCCCAUUUAUUGCCUACCGGCCCCAGAGCCACAAUAUCCGCUCGUCCAUCAGACUGAAAACCUGCUGGAGGGAAUCUCACUGGCAACACAUCAAGAUGAAGAUGGAGACACAGCACUCCAUAUAGCUGUGGUGCAGGGGGAAUUGAACAUUGUCUGCAAACUCGUCGAACUGCUUAUGUUGGCUCAUAGAUGCCUUGAUAUCUACAACAAUCUCCGUCAGACGCCCCUUCAUCUGGCAGUGAUAACCAAGCAACCAAGCAUGGUGGAGGCCUUGCUGGGAGCCGGUGCUGACCCCAUCGCCUUAGACCGCCAUGGCCACACAGCAUUGCAUCUCUGCUGUGAAUAUGACCAGCGUGACUGCCUGUCUGUGGUGCUCUCUCUGUCCCCAUCCUCAGCAUCCCUCGAGAUAAGAAACUUUGAGGGUUUGAGCCCUCUCCAUUUGGCUGUGCGAAAAGGUCACCAGGAUUUGGCUAAAAUGCUGCUGGACGCAGGAGCUAACAUCAAUGCAAUGGACAUCAAGAGUGGUCAGAGUCCUCUCAUCCAUGCUGUGGAGAGCAAUAAUGCAGACAUGGUCCACUUCCUGAUUGAGAAUGGCUGUGAUGUCAACAGUCAGUCAUACAGCGGAAACACAGCCCUGCACAUUGCCUGUGGCCGUGGCCAGGUAGAUACGGUGCGACUGCUGCUGAAGAGUGGUGCUGACACCAGCCUGAAGAACUACCACAACGAUACCCCCGUGAUGGUAGCCAAAAACAAAGAAAUAGCGGAUGUGUUACGAGGGAGAAGCUCCAAGCUGACCAGAGUUCAAGAUCAAAACUCAAUGUGUAUCUCACCAAAGAGGAGUAAUGCCAUGCAAAAGGGAUCCCCAUCUCCCAAUCACAGUCGUGGAUCUUCACCUUUGACAACACCCCACAUUCUUCAUCACAGUGCCUCCCACUCACCAGAGACUUCACACACUUUUUAUCCAUUUAACUAGUUCAGUAUUACCUCUCAGUGGAACUUGAAACUACCUCCACAAGGCCUGGCAUCAAAGAGACAACCAAACUUCUGUCAAAGAAGGGUUAAUCAAAUGUCAUAUCGGACCAGAUCAUCACCGAAAUUACAAAUCAAAGACAGUCAAGUUGGUCACCCUCCUUGGGGUUUGAUACCUUACCGGCAAUCCUCAAGCCUUUCUGCUGAUACAGCUGCUGUUUUGGACACCUCUUGAGAGCUCAGCGUCUUCAGUGACUUUUUCUUAUGCUUGUUCAAUGAACUGAGAGUGUGCUACUGCAUAUAAAUAUGGUAGAUAAUGUAUGUUUGUGAAGUUGCCAAGGCAUAGACCUAUUGGUAAAUUCCCGAAAUGGCCAUGCUUAGCAACCCUUGCAUACCUGCUAAAAAGGAAAUAAUAUAAAAGAGGAAAAUAUGAAUGUGGCUGUGUAAUGAACAGAAGAUAGUCAAAAGACACAUAGCCUUACCUGAACUACUGACAUCGGUAGUGUCUUCACCAUAAGGGUAUACCCAGAGUUUAAUAAUUGUUUCUGGUAUCAAAUUGUUGUUGUUCCAUAUUUUGAAUAUUUAAAUUUGACCUUGGUAUCUUUGUGGUUGUGCUUGAGUUUAUAUAGUAUGAGUUUAUUUCUACCUGUGAAAAGUUGUAGAUAUUUUUUAAUAUAAAUUGUGUCCCACACCUUCACUUGUCAUGUUGCCUUUUUGUCCCAUUACAACUUUUGAGAAUUUGAAAGCAGACCUGUGAUUGGUCAGUUUGAUGAUCCUUUGAGGCACAGAACCAAUCCAAAAACGAGCGCGCGGCCAUAUUGAAUUGUCAAUAUUCUGAAAGAA